AUGUCGGACUCGCGGGCAAAGUGCCACUUUGCGCUCGUUGGCGGCGUGUACAUCGACGAGAUCCACGAGGUUGCUGCUUACCCUUCGGAGGACAGCGCGAUCAGGGCGGCGUCAGUGCAGCGCCGUCGCGGUGGCAACGUCGGCAACUCUGCAGCGGUGCUCUCUCAGCUGGACGCCGGGUCGGUGGAAUGGGUCGGCGUCGUGCCCGCCAACGGCGGAGACGGCGCGGUGGCAUUUGCCCUCGACUCGCUGCACGCCUACAACGUGAGGACGGAGCGGCACGAGCGUGUGCAAGGCGAGGCGAUUGGCAUGCCCACCUCGAUGAUCCUCUCGAGCCGGGCAACCGGCUCACGCACCAUCGUCUCCUCCCGCCGAGGCCUCCGAGAGCUGUGCGCAGAGUACUUCAGCCGCGAGGUGCUCCCCGCCCUCGUGCGUGAGCACCCGGUGCUGUGGCUGCACUUUGAGGGCCGGGAGCCCGGCAGCGUGGCCCGCAUGGUGGCCGAGGCGGACAGGGCGAGGCUUGCUGCGUGGCGCCUCUCGGUCGAGGUGGAGAAGCCCACCUUCACGCCGGAGGCGGUGCUCACGCUGCUCGCCGGUGCGGACGUCGCCUUCGUGUCGCGCGAGUGGGUGCUGAGGAACGCGGCUGCUCUGCUGGGCGGCGAGGCGGCCUCACGCCAGAGGCAGACGGAGCGGCUUGACGACUGCCACCUCGCCAUCGCCACCCUGCGCGCGCUAGCAGGUCGCUCCCUCGCGGCCGCGAAGCGAGGCAGCGCCGGCGUGACUUGGGUCUGCGCCUGGGGCGCCCUCGGCGCGUUUGCGCUCACCGGGGUUCGGGACGAGGGCGGGCGCGUCGUCGAGACGUGUGCGGUUUUGGCGGCCGCCAGCGCCGUGGAGCGGGUGGUGGACAGCGUCGGGGCGGGUGACACCUUCAACGCGGCGGUCAUUGCCUCCCUCGCCGCCGGGGUGGGCGCGGGCGAGGCGCUACGCGCGGGCUGCCUCGUGGCGGGCCGAAAGGUGGCGCAAGCGGGCUUUGAUGGGCUUACGCUUCCGCCAAGCUGA